AUGAAACUGCAACUACUUAAACAUCACCUUGAGAUGGCUCAAGUGAGGAUGAAACAACAAGCAAAUGGUCAUAGGAGUGACAGGGUAUUUGCAGUCCGGGAUUGGGUCUAUUUUAAGGUGCAACCUUAUAGACAAGUCACUAUUGCUCAACAUUCUUUUCAUAAACUUACAGCAAAAUACUAUGGCCCCUUUCAAGUCAUUAAAAGAGUUGGACCUGUUGCUUACACUCUUUUGUUUCCUUCGUCUGUUAAGAUUCAUCCUACUGUACAUGUAUCUCUCCUAAAGAAAUAUCAUGUUGUUUUGAACCAAAUCUCUUAUCCCCCUACCACUGAUAUUGCUGAUCCCAGUGCCCAAAUCUUGAGUCUGUGUUACAGAGGAGAAUGGUUAAGAAUGCAAUAA